AGAUUCUAAAAACCCUACCUCACCCCUCAAUUCUAAACCCUAAGUCUAGAAUAGUUAACUCUAGAGAUAUAAAUGUAUUUUAUCCUUCAUUAAAAGUGAGUAUAAAAGUGGGGUUAGUGUAAACAUGAAAAGUGGUACUAUGAAUGUGGUAUUUGUGAGAAUUUCCCAAAACUUUUCUACAAUUUCAAAUCAUUACUAAAUAUAAUAAUCUCAAAGGGUACUGAUCUUAAAAUAAAAUUAAAAUUUUCAUGAUUUGAAUCACCUAAAAUCAUAAGUUUCUAUUCUUUUGUGUUCUAUUCUCGUCAAAAAGUUGAAACUGAUGUACAUAUCAGUUUUUGGGUUGACUGCUUCACAAUAUUUGGCAUUUUUGCUAUAUUUUAUGCAUAUCAUUUUAAAUAUUUAAAUCGGUGUUAUUUUAUGUAUUUUAUAUAAAUAUAAAGACGAAUCACAUAUCUACUAAUAUUUAAUAACAUUUUGGCGACAUAGCUAUUUUCUGGUUGGUUCUCGUUCUGUAACUAAAAUAAAAUAUAUACGCAAAAUACAAAGGCGGAUAACCUAGCACGCAGUGUCAGGAAACAAACGUCUUUCGUCGUUCACAUGGAUCAAUAUCUCCCGGUGUGGUUUACAGAGUCAAUAUGAGUCUGUAAUGUUGUCGACAAAAAAAAAAAAAUUUACAUGUAAUAAAUUUUUAAUAUCUGGAGAAAGUGGCAGACCAUACCAAGAUUAAUUUAUAAGCGAACACUUUUUUUUUGGUUCAAAUAAGCUAACACUUUCUUUCUGUUUUAUUGCUGUUUUGAUUAAAUUAUAAGACAUGUAUAUAUUUGAUAAUACAAACGAUAUCUUCUGUUUUGAGUGAGGCAAUAAUAUAAUGGUUAUUGCAUGUUACAUGUAACCAACCACUUACAAUCCUUGACAGUUUGCAAAAUCAAUCAGAUCAUAACAAAUUCUACUUUAGUAAUAGUUUUAUCAAAAUAAUGAUUCUGUCGUUUUCUUCCCUCUUUGUAGUAAAAAAUAAAUUAGCCAGUCUCAACCAAAUUCGCCUAUUAAAACCCUAGCACUUUCUCCACAUUCUUUCACACAAAACAUCACAAGCUUUGCAAAGAGAGAGUGUUUAGUGUUUUCUUAUAACUUAUAUAAUACAAAACCCUUAUAACCCAACUCAUAUAUUCAUCAAUGGCUUUUUCUAAGAUUGCUCUCCUCCUCAUUUUGAAUGUCAUUUUCUUCACCUUGGUUAGCUCGAAUCCAGUCCCUUACCGCAAACCCACUUGUAAAAAUGCUCUUAAAUAUAAGGUGUGUGCCAAUGUGUUGGAUUUGGUUAAGGUUUCUCUACCACAAAGAUCCAAAUGUUGCGGACUUAUCAAAGGUCUAGUUGAUCUCGAAGCUGCGGUUUGUCUUUACACCGCCUUAAAAGCUGAUCUCCUUGGCCUCAAACUAAACGUUCCCAUUUCAUUGAGUGUUAUCUUAAACCAGUGUGGUAAGAAGGUUCCAUCUGGUUUUAAAUGUGCCUAGAGGUUGCACAGUUUUAAACCGAGACGCUAAACCAUUGCUUCAAAAGUUCGUUUCUUGUUUAGAGAUUUCUAUUUGUUUCUACCAGUAUCCAUAGUUGUAAUUUUUACAAGUUUAAUCAAUGAAAUAAGAAGUUUUGGUUAAAAAAAAAUUAAAAUCAAACGUUGCUUAUUCUUUUUAAUUAACGGAUUCUCUUAAGCGUUACGUGUUAUUACAGUACUGUUCCAUGAACCUUUUAAACUUAACAACAAACAUGAAAUAGAUGCAACGGAUUGAAUAUUUCAAUUAUUAGAUUCUUAUUAGCACGUACUUAAUCUUGCAUGCCAUCAUGGUUUACUCUGUCACUGUCGCCACAUAUUAACCAUUUGAAAAUUAAUAAUCAGAGGAGCAUGAUUUUAAUGAUUCAAUGAGACCCAACCAGCAAAUAAUUAAACCACCAACACAAGUACAAUUUUUAAAGGAAAAAGGUAUUAUUAGUUGUUCCAUUUCCAAAAUUUAGAUAAAAUUACUAGAAAGACUGAUGCCCUAAAUAUCAAAGAAAUAAAAAAACAUGAACUGAACAUAAAUGAAUAAAGCUAAAGAAGAAAAGUUAUUACGAGUAAAAAUAAAAAUAAAAUAAUUUUAGGCUAAUCUAGAUGAUUAAGUAAUUCAGAAAAUUAAAGCAUACAAUUUGUAGAUAGGAAUAAAUGGAAUGAUUAGCAAACUAUAACAAAUUGAUAAAUUAUUUAAAUAUUUGAUGUACAUUAAACCAAAUUUUAAAAAGAAAAUCUGGGCAUAUUUGCAACUUAAGGACUAAAGAGAAAAAAAUAUGCAGACACAAACUAGAUGCAAGUUAAUAAAAAUAAGUUUGUCGCAUUCACAAAAACCUUAAAACUGACGCAAAACAAUUGUUGGUAAACUAUAAAAUGAAUCCAAAAGUAACUUGACCAACGGGAUUGAAUAAUAAUAAUUUUAUUUUUUCAAAUUUUAAUUCUACAUAGUUUAAAAAAUAUCACUUACAUAGUUUCAAAAAUAUCAGUUUAGUUACUGCAGAAGCACGUAAAAUGGAAUAUAAAUUAUAGACACAAAAAAUUUACAGUAAAAUAAAAUGAUAUUAAAAAAUAUAAAUAGUUAAAAUAAUAACAAUUCAAUGGCUAAUAUAAGAAAUAGGAAGAAGAAGCUAACUACUUGGCCAAAAACCUUUCUACAAUUUCAAAUCAUUACUAAAUAUGAUAAUCUCAAAGGGUACUAAUCUUAAUAUGAAAUUAAAAUUUUCAUGAUUUGAAUCACCUAAAAUCAUAAGUUUCUAUUAUUUUGUGUUCAAUUCUCGUCAAAAAAUUGAAACUGAUGUAAAUAUCAGUUUUCUGUUUGGUUUGACUGCUUCACAAUAUUUGGCAUCUUUGCUAUAUUGUAUGCAUUUCGUUUUAAAUAUUUA